AUGCUGUCUUCACUCUCAUCCAGCCUGAAUAAUGCCCGGACUACCGUGGCGCAGGUGCUAAACUUCGCUUUAGUCCUAUCGACUGCCUUUAUGUUAUGGAAGGGAUUAUCGGUCGCGUCUGCAUCUAGCUCCCCAAUUGUGGUCGUCCUCUCGGGUAGUAUGGAGCCUGCCUUCCAACGAGGUGAUCUUCUGUUCCUAUGGAAUCGCAGCCCUCGAACGGAGGUGGGAGAAAUUGUGGUGUACAAUGUGCGAGGCAAGGACAUCCCCAUCGUCCACCGCGUCGUCCGAACCUUCCCCGAGGUCGAGGGAAAGGCCAAGAAAGUCAAGGAGAUCACAGUUGACUCAACUCCUUCUCAUAUGCUGCUGACCAAGGGUGAUAACAACCUCGCCGAUGACACUGAACUCUAUGCGCACGACCAGGAUCACCUCAACCGUUCUGAGGAUAUUGUAGGGAGUGUACGAGGGUACAUCCCGAUGGUGGGAUACGUUACAAUUAUGCUAUCAGAGCACCCAUGGUUGAAGUCGGUUCUUCUGGGUAUAAUGGGCUUGAUGGUCAUGCUUCAGCGGGAGUAA